AUGAAGCUCUGGAAGCUUCCUGCCUUCGUCCCUCGUCCCUCGUCAGACGGGGAACCGGAAACUAUUCAAGCCGCUCUGUUCUUUGGCCACACCGACUCCGUUUGUUCUUCGUCACAAUGGCUCGAGAUAAAUCCCCCCCAGAUUGCCCAUGACGAGGCGGACUCGCCUGCUCAGUACCGGUUCAAUGCUAUUGAGCCUCUGAACCGGCUGCAAGACCUUCCCCCUGUGGUCUUUCCUCAACCUGCAGACAUCGAUCCCGAUAUUCCUCCAACCACCUCCAAACAGCGUCGUCGCGCUUCCAGUCUGGAUGGCUCGCUUGAUCACGAUGUGCACUUGUCUGAGAAAAUCGCCAAAAAAAUCAAAGAAGGGAAAUCCCUGACGACGGGGACAGAGGGAACGGAAGAGUCAGUCUUUUACUUGGCCUACGGAUCCAACCUAGCCGCCAAAACCUUUCUCGGCAAGCGGGGGAUUAAACCUCUCUCGCAAAUCAUCGUUCUUGUACCGGAGCUCCGGUUAUCAUUUAAUCUCCCGGGUGUUCCGUACGCUGAACCCUGUUUCGCAGCCACAGAAUUCCGGGAUCCCGACCCCUUGGAAGAACAAGAAGAGUCCUCUGAAGAUGACUCAGCGUCCAGUGUAGAUGGAGAAUACCUGUCAGAAAAGACACCGCUUGUCUGUGAGACGCGAGAGCUGCGAGCGGGCUCUCACACCCAUCGUUGGAAUAAACCACUAGUCGGAGUGGUUUACGAGGUAACUCUCUCCGACUACGCGAAGAUCAUCGCUACGGAGGGGGCGGCGGUGGUUACCGGGAUAUCGUGUCAUCCGAACACCCCUCCUUUCAAAGCACAUACUCUCCUCUCGCCCCAGCCCAUGGAUGAUGAAAGCGGCGGUGCGCUAGUGACACCAUCCUCGUGCUCACAGCCCUCGCCACUAACCUUCGGCCGACACAUGCGUCCCAAUCUUAAUUACGCCCAGCCUUCUGCUCGCUACCUCGGUCUAAUCACCACUGGUGCGAGGGAACAUAAUCUGCCGGUAUCUUAUCAAGAAUAUCUUUCCGGGUUCCAUUCGUAUCAGAUUACAACGUUCCGGCAAAAGGUCGGGAAAGUGGUCAUCCUGCUCUUGUUCGGCCCCAUCAUUCUCUCCCUCUUCGCGCUCUGCAAGAAACUUGCAGGCCCCGAUGGCCGCAGUCCAGCGUGGCUGUUGUCUUUGUUGAAUUUGAUAUUUGCGACUAUGUGGAAUAGUUAUGAUUAUGUCUUCAAGAAGGUGUUUGGAGAUGGCGAGCGGACACUGGAUGAUUGA